AUGAAUAACAGAUCUCGCAAUCUGUGGAGUACAGAGGAAGACAAUACUCUUAGAAGACUAGUCGAAGCUUGUGAAAAGGACAAAGUCGACUGGCGCGUCAUCGCCUCAUACCUCCCCGGCCGGAAUAACAAAGACUGCCGUAAGCGAUGGCACUAUCGUGUCUCUGCCAGCAUGAACCUGGGACCAUGGUCACAGACCGAAGACGAUCUGCUGAAAAUGGGCAUCCAUCGCCACGGUACACACUGGUCUCGCGUUGCACAAGUAGUGGGAACUAGGAAUGGGGAUCAUCGUAGUCCAUGGACGCGCGAGGAAGACCGCAUCCUUCUUCUUGCCAUCGGAGAAUACGGGCGGACCUGGAAGCAGAUUGUCGAUGCUUAUUUCCCCGGCCGGACAGGGCUUGAUGCAAAGAAUCGACAACUUACUCGCAAGAGAAAGAGGGAGUACAAGACGUCGGCAUCCCCUACAGUCAAGAGAGAGCCAGAGCAAGCGCAGACGGAACAGCUUGCUUCAUUACCGUCGCCGUCAUCCUCUUCUUCAUCGUCAUCACCACCGGCAAUGAGAAUCGGCCUCGUUCAUCAUAAUGUCAUUGGCACGUCUCUUGAUGCUUCGCAAGUGAACAAUCAUAGUCCUAAUCAUCAACAUCAUCAUCAACAACAGCUCGACGAACGAUCUGUAUCGGCGCCAUCCAGUUCUCCGUAUUCCUAUUGGGAAUUGCCUCUAGAAGAAGCACUAUUCAGUCCCCCGCUACCAACAACGUCAUACAGCACUUGUAGCAGCACAUGCGCGGGUCUAUCACAACUCGAUGACUUACAGCAACAUCCGCUAGGGUUAGAACAACAGUAUGAUGAGAGUGCUUUGCUUAUGAAUGCCCAAUAUCCCUAUUUCCUUGCACCACAUAGUCGCCCAAUUGAUCUUCAGCAGCAACAGCAUCUGGGAUUUCCUCUAACGGGCCAACAGCAUCAUCAUCAUCCGUUUGGUAGUAUGAAUGGGGCUAUGACUUUUUGA